GGGUUGCGCCGGUUUCCCGCUACCGCCGCCGCUAGCAUGAAGAUCACUCGGCAGAAACACGCCAAGAAAUACCUCACCUUCUACCGCUUCAACUUCGGCCUCCGGGAGCCCUACCAGGUGCUGUUGGAUGGGACGUUCUGCCAGGCGGCCCUCAGGAACAAGAUCCAGAUCAAGGAGCAGCUGCCCAAGUACCUGAUGGGGGAAGUGCAGCUCUGCACCAGCCACUGUGUUAUGAAGGAGCUGCAGUCCCUUGGCAAAGAGCUCUAUGGGGCCAAAUUAAUUGCCCAAAGAUUUCAAGUGAGGAGCUGCUCUCAUUUCCAGAAUCCCGUCAGUGGCUCCACGUGCCUUUUAUCCUUGACUGCCGACGGCAACCCUCACCAUUAUUUCAUCGCCACACAGGAUCAAGAAUUGGCAGCGAAAGUAAAGAAGAGGGCUGGCGUGCCACUGAUGUUCAUCAUUCAGAACACCAUUGUGCUGGACAAACCCUCCACGAAAUCUCUGGCCCGCGUGGAAGCAUUGCAGUCCAAUCAGCUGGUGCCGGAACACCAGAGACACAGCAUCAAGCACCUUAAGGAUGAGCAGGGGGUUGCAAAGGACUCGGAGCGCAAAGGAAAGAAACGCAAGCGAGUGAAAGGCCCAAACCCACUCAGCUGCAUAAAGAAAAAGAAGAAAGCCCCCCAGCAGCAGCCUGCAGCUUCUACUUCCGCCCAAACAAAGAGGAAGAGGCGGAGAAAGCACGGGAAACCUGCAGGAAGUGAAACGGUGCAAGGGAGCUGAUAGAAUGCUGCGCUGUGAGACCUAUAUUGUAUAUUUUUAUUUUAUAUUAAAAAGAAUCUAUUUA